AUGCUGACUGUGAAGAACUGGUCCUUCAAGACUACGCAGAAGCUGGUGGUCACUGGCAAGGCCCCAGGAGACGAUGGGUUCUCCAUCAACAUCGGCGACAACGAGGACAACAUUGCUCUGCACUUCAAUCCACGGUUUAAUGAAGGGGAUUCCCAGACCAUUGUGUUAAACUCCAAGAAAAAUGGCUCCUGGGGGGCUUGGGAGGAGAUGAAGUUCCCUUACAUUUUCUCUCCCCAUCAGGAGUUUGAGGUCACCUUCAACUUCAACGACCAGCAGUUUGAUAUCAAGCUUCCUAAUGACAACAUGAUGUACUUCCCCAAUCGCUUUGGGGUUUUUAAGUUCAAGCACAUGCAUUUUGAGGGAGCGGUCAGGAUCCACAGCAUCAGCAUCACAUGA